AUGGAAUUGUUGCCGGAGUUAUGCAUCCCUUUCCUCCUCGCAGUUACUGUCAUACUGCUAGCAACCAGCUGGUUCAUCUCGAAGAAACAAUCCAAGCCCCGAACGGCUUCGAACCGUCUACCGCCGGGGCCAUGGAAGCUCCCGAUCAUAGGAAACCUCCACCAACUGAUCAUCAGCUCUGAGCCGGCCCACCGCCGGCUCCGAGAGCUAUCCCGAAAGUACGGGCCCGUGAUGCAGCUCCAGCUCGGAGAGCUGCACCACGUGGUAGUUUCCUCGGCGGAGGCCGCCAGGGACGUCCUGAAGACGCACGACGCCGCCCUGGCGUCCAGGCCCUACGUCCUGGCCGCGGACGUGAUCUUCUACGGCCAAAAGGGGAUCGCAUUCACCCCUUAUGGCGCGUACUGGCGCCAGAUGCGGAAGAUCUGCAUGAUGGAGCUGCUGAGCGACAGGCGCGUCCUCUCUUACCGCUCCGUAAGAGAGGAUGAGCUGUCCUGUAACAUGGUUCGUCGAAUAUUCUUGUCCAGUCAGAAGAAGAUGACCACCGAUGAUCAUCGCGUGAAUCUUGGCGAGAUUCUGUUCUGGGCGUCCAAUCGAGUGAUUGCCAUGUCAGCGUUCGGAGCCAUUCGAGAGAACACCGAAUCUUUCAUGGCGGUGGUGAAUAGUAUCUCCGACGUGCUCGGGGGCAUGACCGUCUCCGAUUUGUACCCUUCCGUCAAAUUUCUCCCGACGUUGACCGGAUUCCGGUCUAAACUCAACCGCCUGCAUCGAGCAGCGGAUGUUUUGCUGGACGAGAUAAUCAAAGAGCACUUGGCAAGAAGAGCUGUUGCAGGCAAGGAACAAGCAGCCGUUUACAUUGUCGAUGUUCUUCUGGAUCUCCAAGAAAAUUGCACUGAUUUAGAAUCCCCGUUGACCAAUGACAACAUCAAAGCAGUUGCCACUGUAAGUACAUAUCCAGAGUUGAUCCUCGGUGACCUGUUGCUCGGUGCCAGUGGGACCUCGACGAUAACAAUAGAGUGGACCAUGGCCGAACUGAUGAGAAAUCCAAGAGUGAUGAAGAAAGUGCAGGAAGAAAUCCGGCAGGCGUUUCGUGGAGGAGGAAGAGUUGACGAAGCGAGAAUCGAGGAGCUAAAGUAUACCAACGCCGUUAUCAAAGAGGCGCUGAGGAUGCACCCGGACGGUCCUCUGCUCGGUCCGAGAGAAAGUCAGGUAGAUGUGGUUGUCGACGGAUAUCUGGUCCCCGCGCGGACUAAAGUCAUAGUGAAUGCAUGGGCAAUCGGGCGAGAUCCACAGUUCUGGGAUGACGCCGAGACAUUCCAUCCGGAGAGGUUCCUCGAUUGUUCGGUGGACUAUAGGGGCACGGAUUUCCAGUUCGUUCCGUUCGGUGCAGGAAGGAGGAUGUGCCCUGGACUGGCUUUCGGGAUGGCUACUGUGAAACUCGGGUUGACAAACUUGCUUUAUCAUUUUGACUGGAAACUCCCCGACGGGAUGAAGCCUGAAGAGCUAGAUAUGACAGAAACUUUUGGACUCACUUUGCGCAGGAAGAAUCCUUUGUGCUUGAUUCCCGUUGCAUACAAUCCUGUGGCUUGA